UAUAAUACUACCUCACCUUUCAAGUCUCGACCUCUCAAUGUACACCUCUCACUCGUCUAAGGUUUGCAUGAGAAAUCUAACAUUAGAACAUAAUUGCGAUAGAUAUAAGAUUACUUGCAUGGCAGAAACCUCUUUACCGACAUCGACAACAACAAUUUCAUAUACAUAUGUACAUAAAUUCUUUUAUCUAUAAAUUCAAGGUUUUGAUGACCAUAUUAUGAUCAUAUGAUAACUUGAUAGGCUCCUUUAUGCUUCAUUAUGAAAUUCAUGGCACAAAUUCAGUUUCCUAGUCACAUGUCACUUGCGUCUUUGGUUAUGGUUAUUUUGUUUACAACUACUUCUCCAAUAUUUGCUACAAAGGAUUGUAAUUUUCCCGCCAUCUUCAACUUUGGUGCUUCAAACUCGGAUACAGGUGGUCUGGCGGCCGCCUUUGAAGCACCAGGGUUUCCAUUUGGAAUCACUUAUUUUAAUAGAUCAACCGGAAGAUAUUCGGAUGGCCGAAUCAUUCUUGAUUUCAUAGCACAGAACUUCGGACUUCCAUAUCUCAGUGCAUAUCUUAAUUCUUUGGGGUCCAACUUCACACAUGGUGCAAACUUUGCAUCAUUUGCAUCAACAAUCAAAGUUCCUGAUAGUAUUAUACCUCACGGAAAAUUUAGUCCUUUCUGCUUUACAGUUCAAUGCAUUCAGUUCAAAAACUUUAUACUCAAAACAAAACUCAUUAGAGAUCAAGGAGGUGUAUUUUCAACGUUGAUUCCUAAAGAAGAUUAUUUUUCAAAAGCCUUAUACACAUUUGAUAUUGGUCAAAAUGAUCUUACUGCUGUUAUUCUUGGUAAUAUAAAUAUACAACAAGUCAAUGCUACUAUACCUGAUAUAGUAAGCAAAUUCAUUGAGAAUAUCAAAAUCAUAUACAAUUUAGGGGCUAGGUCAUUUUGGAUACACAACACAGGACCAAUUGGAUGUCUUCCUUUAAUUUUAUCUAGUUUUCCAUCCUCUAUAAAAGAUGGAUAUGGUUGUGCAAAGCUAUACAAUGAAGUAUCUCAAUAUUUCAAUUUAAAGUUGAAGGAAGAUUUAACUCAACUUCGCAAUGAUCUCCCUCUUGCUGCAAUCACAUAUGUAGAUACUUACUCUGCUAAGUACUCUCUUUUUCAAAAUCCAAAAAAAUAUGGAUUUGAGUUUCCACUUGUGGCAUGUUGUGGCAAUGGAGGAAAGUACAACUUUAAUAGUCGUGGUAGCUGUGGACAAGUCAUGAAUGGUACACAAAAAGUUAUAGGUUCAUGUUUAAGCCCAUCUACUAGAAUCAUAUGGGAUGGUGUCCAUUACACAGAGGCAGCUAACAAAGUUAUCUUUGAUCAAAUCUCUACCGGAGCUUUUACGGAUCCUCCAAUUCCUCUUAAUAUGUCAUGUUACAGAAAUCCCACGUUCAUGGCACUAUUUGAUUUUCUUAGUCACAUCCCUCUUGGGUCUUUGAUUAUGGUUAUUUUAUGUACAAAUAGUGUUCCAAUAUUUGCCGCAAAGGAUUGUGAUUUUCCUGCAAUCUUCAACUUUGGUGCUUCAAACGCUGAUACGGGUGGUUAUGCUGCUGCCUUUCAAGCACUGCCGUUGCCAUAUGGAGAGACUUAUUUUAAUAGAUCAACCGGAAGAUAUUCGGAUGGUCGAAUCAUUCUUGAUUUUAUAGCACAAAGCUUUCGACUUCCCUAUCUAAGUCCAUAUCUAAAUUCGCUCGAGUCCAACUUCACACACGGUGCAAACUUUGCAACAGCAGGAUCAACAAUCAGAAUUCUUAAUAGUAUUUUUCCUAAAGGAAUAUUUAGUCCAUUUUCCCUUGUAAUUCAAUACAAUCAAUUCAAAGACUUUAUACCCAAAACAGAAUUCAUCAGGGAUCAAGGAGGUGUAUUUGCAACGUUGAUUCCCAAAAAAGAAUAUUUUUCCAAAGCCUUAUACACAUUUGAUAUUGGUCAAAACGAUUUGACGGCUGGAUUUUUUGCUAAUGCGACUAUACAACAAUUCAAUGUUACUAUACCUGAUAUAGUAAACAACUUCAUAGAGAAUAUCAAGAACAUAUACAAUUUAGGAGCUAGAUCGUUUUGGAUACACAACACUGGACCAAUUGGUUGUCUUCCUUUAAUUUUGGCUAAUUUUCCAUUUGCUAUAAAAGAUAGAUAUGGUUGUGCAAAGCAAUACAAUGAAGUAUCUCAGUAUUUCAAUUUAAAGUUGAAGGAAGCCUUAGCCCAACUUCGCAGGGAUCUUCCUCUUGCUGCAAUCACAUAUGUAGAUAUCUACACUCCCAAACUAUCUCUUUUUCAAAAUCCAAAAAAAUAUGGGUUUGAGCUUCCACUUGUGGCAUGUUGUGGCAAUGGAGGAAAGUAUAACUAUGACAUUCGUGCUAGUUGUGGAAAAACCAUAAACAUUAAUGGUACAAAAACAUUUGUUGGUUCAUGUGAAAGACCAUCUACUAGAAUCAUAUGGGAUGGUACCCAUUACACGGAGGCAGCUAACAAAAUUGUAUUUGAUCAAAUUGCUACUGGAACUUUCACAGAUCCUCCCAUUCCCUUAAAUAUGGCAUGCUACAGAAACUCCACUUGAAGUCAAUGAUGACAUUUGUAUAUUAAAAAUAAG